UAUAUUUUCAGCAGUGAUAUCAAUAGGCUGAUUUUCAGCAAAUGUGACAAGUGACCUUUGCAGUGGUCAGCUUUACUCUUUGAACCCUAUGAGGGUGGGGGGAGACAACGUUGUGUUGCAGUUUCAGAAAACCUUGGAUAUGGACUUUUUCCCCCCCCCCACUCCUGCUUUCCCUAUUGAUAAAUUCAGUUCUCAUGAUCACAGUCUAUUCAAGCUGCUUCCCAUCUGAUUUUUGACAACUGCUUCUAAAAAUUUAUCGAGAAGACCGAGAAUUCAGUUGAUCUCCAUCGCUUUACAUAAAAAUGGCUGGGUAUAUUGCCAUGUUAACACUGCAUUAGGAGAUACACACAGAUGACAGUCAUGUCCCAGUCAAAGGAUCUCAAGGAUGACUUUCAUAGUGACACGGUACUCUCCAUUUUAAAUGAACAGCGCAUUCGGGGUAUUUUAUGUGAUGUGACUAUAAUUGUGGAAGAUACCAAAUUUAAAGCCCACAGUAAUGUACUAGCAGCUUCAAGCCUUUAUUUCAAAAAUAUUUUUUGGAGUCAUACGAUCUGUAUUUCUGGACAUGUCCUGGAGUUAGAUGAUCUUAAGGCUGAAGUGUUUACUGAAAUACUUAAUUAUAUCUACAGUUCCACAGUAGUUGUUAAGAGACAGGAGACUGUAACAGACCUUGCAGCUGCAGGGAAAAAACUGGGAAUAUCGUUUCUGGAAGAUCUUACAGACAUUAAUUUUUCAGAUUCCCCCUGUCCGUAUGCAUUUUGUAUAACUGAAAAAGGGGUAGUCAAAGAAGAAAAAAAUGAAAAAAGACACGAAGAUUCAGCUAUCACAAACGGGCCAAGAAUCACAAAUGCUUUUUCAAUUUUUGAAACUGAAAAUAAUAACAAUUUGUUUUCUCCACUUGACUUGAGAGCAAGUUUUAAAAAGGUAUCUGAGACACUUAAAGCAACCAAUGUUGGCCUUGAUAGGGAUGAUGUUGGAAAAGAUGCUGAGCCAGCCAGUACGUUAGCUGAACACUCCUAUGCAGUUUCUUCUGGAGGUGAUGCUUUUCAAGGAACUCCUUUUUUAGAAUGUGACAGCAGCCCUCUGUAUAAAAUGAGUGAAGACAAUUAUGAAACUAUUCAGACAACACCUCUACUUCAACCAAUAAAACAAGCAUGUGGUACACCAAAGAUGGCCUUUAAACCCCAGUGUACUGGUUUGGCUAUAGCAAAAAUAUCAGCCCCCAGAGUAACCAAUACAGAGGUUCAACAAGAAGCAGUUACAGAUCAAGCAAUUAUUCCUUUCCCUCAUGAUAAGGCAGGAGACUUACUUUUUUCCACAGAAGAGGAAAGUAGAUCUGCUAACAUCCCUGGAUCCAUAGCAACUGUUAUUCCACCUGUUUACAGAUGUAAUUGUUGUACCAGAUCAUUUGAUGACAGAGCUUUACUCAGUACCCAUCUUCAGCUUCACACAAAUCAUCAGGAACCUUUAAUAUGCAAAUAUUGCAGCAAACAAUUUGCAAAUCUUAAUAGACUGGAGAAUCAUGAACAAGUCUGUAGGAGUUCAGGCAGCAUACCUGUUCAGAGUGGAAAUGAACAAAAAAAUUUAGAUAACUAUACUACUACUGGUGAAAGAAAUGGAAGCUCACAUGGAAACACAGAGCCUCUGUUGUCUGAAAACAAUAUCACUGAUUACUCCAGUGCAAACUGCACCUUGUCAGAAACAGAUCACUUGGUUAAAGUUGUUGAUGGACAGAUAUUAUAUACAUGCAUUGUUUGCAAACGUAGCUAUGUAACAUUGUCUAGCCUUCGAAGACAUGCAAAUGUGCAUUCAUGGAGAAGAACUUAUCCUUGCCAUUACUGCAACAAAGUGUUUGCAUUAGCUGAAUAUCGUACCAGACAUGAAAUCUGGCACACAGGGGAAAGGCGUUAUCAGUGCAUUUUCUGCCUUGAGACUUUCAUGACUUAUUAUAUACUAAAAAAUCAUCAGAAAUCUUUCCAUGCAAUUGACCAUCGACUUGCAGUAAAUAAAAAAACACCUAAUGGAGGCUUAAAGCCUAGCAUGUAUCCUUACAAACUUUAUAGGCUUUUACCUAUGAAAUGCAGAAGGCUACCUUAUAAGUCCUACCAGAAUUCUUCAUUUGAAAAUGUACAAGCAAGCAACCAAGUUAAUGAAGCAACUUCUAGUACCUGCAUUAUUCAGAAUUCUCUCAACUCUGAAAUACCUUCGCUGAAUUUUCAAAAUAAUAUAUUAACAAACAAUACCACUAUUUCCUUGAAUACAUCUUCAUGCAAUGAUGCCACAUCAUCUAUGAAUAUUCAGAAUGUUUCACCUUGGGCAGUAGGAAUGUUAAAUUCUGACCUGCAAAGUGACUUUUUUACUGCAGAAAAAUCAGUGCCCCAAGCUGCAAAUGAACUUAGUUCUGGUUCUCAAGAGUGUGAUUCCUCCGUUCUGUCUUUCAGUAAUGUGAGUGAAAAUUCAACCUCUGUUAUUAACUAUAGCAGCUCAGCACCCUCGGUUAUAAUGCACAGUAGUAGAGUCUCAUCAGUAAUAAUGCACAGUAAUGCAGUCAUUUCUAUGGGAAGCAGUAAGACAAUAUCCUCCAAUAAUAUAGCCAGUCAGUCCAUAAAAGAUGACUGUAAAUAUGGGUCAGAUAACUACGGCAAAGGCAUUACUAAAGCAAAAACUAUUAAAGAAAAAAAGAAAACACUUCUGUACAACAGAGGAGAAACACUCGAGGAGUUAGAGUAUAUUACUGAAUCUGGAGGUUCAUCUAACAAGACUAUAGAUACUGUUCAAGAAUCAAGUAAAACCGAAACCUACAUUGCAAAGCCUGCCUUACCUGGAACAUCUACUGAUAGUAAUGUUGCUCCCCUUUGUCAAAUAACAGUAAAAAUUGGCAAUGAGGCUAUUGUAAAAAGACAUAUUUUAGGAUCCAAACUGUUUUAUAAAAGAGGAAGGUCUAAAUGUGAAUCUGAACAGGACAAUCAGCCUCAGGAGACAGAAACAGAGAGAAAAGAAAGAAGCCCAGCUAGGCUUUGCAGAUCAGAAUGUAUGGAACUUACUGAAAUGUGCGAUGAUGUAAGUGAUCAGGAUUCCAAUGACAAACCCUGGAGACCUUAUUAUAAUUACAAACCAAAAAAGAAAUCUAAACAGCUAAGAAAAAUGAGAAAAGUCAAAUGGCGGAAGAAUCAUGGAAAGAAGAACUCCAGUAGUGAAAGUGAAAAUACGUGCAAUAGAGAGUAUGCACUUAGAAAAAUUCCUGAAGAAAAGGGCAUCAGUAAAGAAGGAAACACAGAAAUGCCUAAUCUUCAUUGUGAGCUCUGUGAGCAAGAGAAAUCUUCCACCGAAGAAAUCCAGGAACCUAUACAUUGGCAUGUACCUGCUUCAAAGCCUUAUAUUUGUGAAUUAUGCCAAAAGCAGUUCCAGAGCCCAUCCACACUAAAAAUGCACAUGAGAUGUCAUACUGGAGAAAAGCCGUAUACUUGUAAAACCUGUGGUAAGUGUUUUUCGGUUCCAGGAAACCUACAGAAACAUGAACGUAUUCACUUGGGUGUCAAGGAUUUUGUCUGUCAAUAUUGUAGUAAGGCAUUCACUUUAAAUGAAACUCUCAAAAUACAUGAAAGAAUACAUACUGGAGAAAAACGCUACCACUGUCAAUUCUGUUUACAGAGUUUUUUAUAUCUUUCUACCAAAAGGAAUCAUGAGCAAAGACAUGUACAUAAACACAAUGGAAAAGGAUACGCUUGUCUUCAGUGCCCCAAAAUUUGCAAGACAGCAGCUGCUCUUGGAAUGCACCAGAAGAAACAUCUAUUCAAAAGCCCAAGUCAACAGGAUAGAAAAGAGUAUUUGUGUAACGAAAGCUCUAAACAUUUGGAAAAUCAACAUUUCAUUGACUCAGAUGGGAACGAAGUGAAUAGUAUACAGAGUAUGACUCCAAAAGUUGUACUUUGAGUGACAGUUGUCAAAAACAAGA